UUCCGGCACAUACAGACACACACACACACACACACACACACGUGAGAAAAGCUGUCGUUACAUGCUGCUCUGCACUCUUCUGAAUCUCACCACACGAAGUGCCUGCGUCAAGCUCGUGUCCCUUAGGAAGUCUCUGCAUGUGUUCAGCAGCUGGGAGACGAGACGUGUUUUCACCGAGAGCUACCGUUGUCUUUUGCUACCUCACCUCCACAGAAAUUUGGCUCUGAUGGCUGAAUCAGAGCCUGUGCCUGUCCAGGUUGGAGAGAAAAGAGGCUGUCCAGAGAACGAAGAAGACGACACACCGUCAAAGAAACCCAGAGUAGAGAGUGAUCAUGAGAAUGGAGGUCCUCCCCACCGAGAUGAGGAGGGGGAGGGGGAGCCCGAGGGGGAGGCGAGUGACGGAGAGGAGGAUGGCGAGACCUUUGCCGAUAUGAUGAAGCAUGGUCUCACCGAGUUGGAUGUGGGCAUCCUGAAGUACGUCAGUGACCACGAGGGCUUCUCAGGAAUCCUGAAGGAAAGAUAUUCAGAUUUUGUGGUGCAUGAAAUCAACAAACAAGGAAAGAUAGUGCAUUUAGAUGAUCUCUCUAUCCCUGCAGAGGCCGAGGAAGCUCCAGAGGCAGAACAGCAGCCAAAGGAAUCUGAUGUGCUGACUGAAGAGCAGAAAAAGCAGCUCAGCGAGCUGCAGCUCUUCAAGAAUAAAGAGGGCAAUGUCUCCAUUGAGGUGAUGGACGAUACAAAAGAGAAGAGGACACUGGUCCACAAAGCCAUCAAGACUCAGUUUCCUGGUCUGGAGACGAAGACAGAAGAGAAGGAAGGACGCAAGUUCAUAGUAGCGUAUCACGCUGCUGGGAAGAAAGCUCUAGCAGCUCCAAGGAAACACUUCUGGCCCAAAAACCGUGGCAGUUUUUGCCACUUUGUCCUGUACAAGGAGAAUAAAGACACCAUGGACGCCAUCAAUGUGCUUUCAAAGUUCCUCAGGCUCAGGCCCAACAUGUUUUCCUACAUGGGAACCAAGGACAAGCGAGCCAUCACAGUGCAGGAGAUUGCUGUGCACAAGAUCACGGCAGAGAGACUGGCUCACCUCAACAAGUGCCUCAUGAACCUCAAGCUGGGAAACUUUUCCUACAAAAACCAUCCUCUAAAGCUGGGAGAGCUGCAGGGAAACCAUUUCACUGUGGUCAUCAGGAACAUCUCAGGAACAGAUGAGCAGGUCCAUCAGGCCAUGACGUCCCUCAGGCAGACAGGUUUCAUCAACUAUUACGGCAUGCAGCGCUUCGGCACCACGGCCGUGCCUACGCAACAAGUUGGCAGGGCCAUCUUGAAAAAUGACUGGAAUGAGGUGGUGGAUUUGAUUCUGAAGCCUCGUCCCGGAGCAGAGAAAGAAUUCCUGGUCCGCUGCAGGGAGGAGUGGGCGAAGACUCAGGACCCAGAGGCUGCCCUGAAAAAGCUGCCCAACAAACGCUGUGUGGAGGGGCAGCUGCUGCGAGGCCUGUCUAUGUAUGGCAAGAAGAACAUCGUCUCUGCGUUUGGACUGAUCCCCCGCAACAACCGUCUGAUGUACAUCCACAGUUAUCAGAGCGUGGUGUGGAACACUAUGGUGAGCCGGAGAAUCGAUGCCUUCGGCCUGAAGGCUGUAGAGGGGGACCUGGUGCUCAGAGGAACCACGGCACACGUGCUGUCGGCAGAGGAGGCUGAGGCUCACACCAUCCAUGACAUUGUGAUGCCGCUCCCUGGGUUUGACGUCAUUUACCCCACUCACCAUGUGGGUAAAGGUUACCGGGAGCUGCUGUCUGUAGACGGGCUGGACAUCGACAACAUGAGACACAAAGUGAAGGACUACUCUCUGGCUGGAGCUUACAGACGCAUCAUCAUCAGACCCAGUGAUGUCAGCUGGGAGGUGAUUCAGUACGAUGACCCCAGGAUCUCCCUCGUGCAUACAGACUUUGAGAAGCUGGAGAGCAAACCUGCCCCCGUCUUCAACAAAGAGGGGAAGCAUCGGGCUCUGCGGAUGGAGUUCUCUCUGCCUCCUUCAACCUAUGCUACUAUGGCGAUCCGAGAGGUUCUCAAGUUGGACACCAGCAUCAAAAAACAGACGCAGCUCAACACCACCUGGUUCAACUGAGACCAAAACACACACUGGCAUAAACCGGACUGCUGCUGCUGCUGCUACAGGCUGCAAAGCACCUGUCUACUGUGGCUACUUACUGUUGUGAGUGUUUUAAGUGUAGUGUGUGUGCGUGUGUGUGCGUGUGAGUGAGUGGGUCCUAUAUGAACCCAAAUGUUAUUUCUUUGAAAUACAAAGAGCAACAAGCACCAUUAUUCAGCUGUUUUUUUUUAAAUAAUGUUUUUACUUGCUCUAAAAUGUUUCUGUGCUGUAAUGAUUCAGCACAUUUUGGCGGUCAUCAGAGUAAACCUUGUGAUUUCAGGGUGCUCUCACCUAUAGUAAGGGUGGUUAGCAUUUCCUGUUUGUAUACAUAUAUGAUUUUUUUUUUAAACUGAAUGAAAAGACUCUUGAGGAGAGAAAUUAAAAAAAUAUUUAAAGGGUGA